AGUGAGGCCGUGGAAUGGGUAGUUACAUGCUGGAUCUCCUUUUCCUCUGAUAUAUUACAGUAGCCGGCGCCCUCUCCAUGUAUUACGGUGGCAGACCCUCUCCCUCCGGUGUAUUACGGUACCGCCGCCCUCUCCGGUGUAUUACGGUUGGGGGCUCUGCUCUGCGCCACCGCCCUCUCACUUUUUUUCUCUUGGUACAAAUGGCUGAGCGCCGCGCCUUCGCCCAGAAAAUUAGCAGAACUGUGGCAGCAGAAGUAAGGAAACAGAUCUCUGGGCAGUAUGGCAGCUCUCCACAGCUGCUCAAAAACCUCACCCUGGGGGCAAAUAUUUCUCACCAUUCAGUUCCGUUAACUGAGGCAGUAGAUCCAGUGGACUUUGAAGAUUAUGUGAUGAUGCACCCUCCCAUAAUUGAUCCGGGUCCCUUGAGGGACUUGUUGGAGUUUCCACCAGAUGAUAUUGAAGUCAUCUACAGCCCAAGAGAAUGCCGAACGCUGGUCCAAGCUGUACCCGAGGAAAGUGAUAUGGACCCUCAUGUAAGGGACUGUGUGAGAACCUACACUGAGGACUGGGCCAUCGUGAAUCGCAAGUAUCACAAACUCAGCACAGGAUUCAAUCCCAACACACUUGACAAACAGAAGGAAAGACAAAAAGGUUUGCCAAAGCAGAUCUUUGAAUCAGAUGAAAUGCCAGACCCCAACAGUUACCAGGACGAUCAGGAUGAUUUGAAACGGCGUUCUGUAUCCAUAGACGAUACUCCUAGAGGUAGCUGGGCCUGCAGUAUUUUUGAUCUCAAGAAUUCGCUUCCUGAUGCUGUCCUUCCAAAUCUACUAGAUCGAUUCCCUAUUGAAGAAAUAGACCAACAGAAUGAAGAACAGAGGAAGGGAAAUCGACAUAAGGAGCUAUUUGCACUUUAUCCAGCGCCAGAUGAGGAUGAACCAAUAGAAAGGCACACAGUCCCUGAAGUUCCCCGGGAGCACUUUGGUCAAAGGCUCCUUGUGAAAUGCUUAUCUUUGAAAUUUGAAAUUGAAAUUGAGCCAAUUUUUGCAAGCUUGGCCUUGUAUGAUGUCAGAGAAAAGAAAAAGAUUUCUGAAAACUUUUUCUUUGAUUUGAAUUCUGAACAAAUUAAAGGCAUGUUACGACCUCAUGUUCCUCCUGCAGCUAUUUCAACAUUGGCCCGAUCAGCAAUCUUUUCAAUCACUUAUCCAUGUCAGGAUGUUUUUUUAGUUAUAAAGUUGGAGAAAGUUUUGCAACAAGGCGAUAUUGGUGAAUGUGCAGAACCCUAUAUGAUCUUCAAAGAGUCUGAAACAGCAAAAAACAAAGAAAAGUUGGAGAAGCUAAAGAGCCAAGCAGAGUUGUUCUGUCAUAGACUGGGGAAGUACCGCAUGCCUUUUGCUUGGACUGCCAUACAUCUAAUGAACAUUGUUAACAGUGCAGGAAGCCUGGAGCGAGACAGCACCGACUCAGAGAUAGGAGCGGGAGAGCGGAAGGGUUCUUGGUCAGAAAGAAGGAAUUCUGGUCUUGUCGGGAGACGCUCUCUUGAACGAGUUACAACAGGUGAUGAAUCAUGCAACCUUUCAAGCUUCAGACCAGCUACGCUGACAGUCACAAACUUCUUCAAACAGGAGGGAGAUCGUCUUAGUGAUGAAGAUUUGUAUAAAUUCCUUGCUGACAUGAGAAGACCUUCAUCUGUUUUGAGGAGACUAAGACCAAUCACAGCCCAACUGAAAAUAGACAUUUCUCCAGCUCCAGAAAAUCCCCAUUAUUGUCUCACACCAGAGUUACUACAGGUCAAACCCUACCCAGAUACUCGAGUUAGACCAACAAAGGAUAUCCUGGAGUUUCCUUCAAGGGAUGUGUAUGUUCCGUACACCACAUACAGGAAUUUGCUGUACGUGUAUCCGCAGAGUCUUAAUUUUGCAAACCGUCAAGGAUCUGCUAGAAAUAUUACCGUGAAAGUCCAGUUUAUGUCUGGGGAAGAUCAGAACAAUGCACUGCAGGUUAUUUUUGGAAAAUCAAGUUGUGCGGAAUUUACAAAAGAGUCAUAUACUGCGGUUAUAUAUCACAACAGAUCCCCUGACUUUCAUGAAGAGAUUAAAAUCAAACUCCCUGCGUACCUGACUGAUCACCAUCAUUUGCUCUUCACCUUCUAUCAUGUCAGCUGCCAGCAGAAACAGAACACGCCCUUAGAAACCCCGGUUGGAUACACGUGGAUCCCAAUGCUGCAGAACGGACGUCUGAAAACGGGUCAUUUAUGUCUUCCUGUGUCACUUGAGAAGCCUCCACAGUCUUAUUCAGUUUUAUCCCCAGAAGUGCCAUUGCCUGGAAUGAAAUGGGUGGAUAACCACAAGGGAGUGUUCAAUGUAGAGGUGGUUGCUGUAUCUUCCAUUCACACCCAGGAUUCAUACCUUGACAAGUUCUUUUCACUGGUCCAUGCCCUGGAGGAACAUGCUUUUCCCGUACGGAUUGGAGAUCUAAGAAUUCUGGAGAUCGAUUUGGAGAAUGAGUUGAAGAGCAGUAUAGCAGGCCUUAGUUCAGCUCAGCUGGAGCCAGUUGUUCGAUUCCUGCAUCAGCUACUGGACAAACUUGUUUUGUUGGUUGUGAAGCCCCCAGUAAUUGCUGGACAGAUUGUAAACAUGGGACAGCCAUCUUUCGAAGCAAUGACAUCCAUUGUGAACAGAUUGCAUAAGAAUUUGGAAACAAGCCAGGACCAGCAUGGCAGAAACAAUUUGUUGGCAUCCUACAUUUACUAUGUUUUCCGUCUUCCAAGCACAGAGUCAACCCCUUCGUCACCAGGACCUGGUGGCUGUGUGUUGGGGGGAUCUAUGCAUUAUGCUACUAUGGCGCGUUCAGUGGCACGGCUAGCCAGCCUGAGCCUCAGUCGGUCCAGAAGUCUCAGUAACAGCAACCCUGACAUCUCCGGUACUCCAGCCUCACCCGAUGAUGAAGUUAGGACAAUUAUUGGCAGCAAGGCUAUGGAUCGAAGUAAUCGCAUGUCAUCGCAUACCGAGAGUACAAGUUUCUUACAAACGUUAACGGGACGAUUGCCAACUAAGAAGCUAUUGCACGAGGAGCUGGCCUUGCAGUGGGUGGUGAGCAGUGGGGGUGUGCGUGAAUCUGCCAUCCAUCAAGCCUGGUUCUUCUUUGAGUUAAUGGUAAAAAGUAUGGUGCACCAUUUAUAUUUUUCUGACAAACUUGAUAUCCCGAGGAAAGCGCGAUUUCCUGAGAGGUUCAUGGACGACAUUGCUGCGCUGGUUAGCAUGAUUGCAGGUGAUAUAGUUACAAGAUUUCAGAAGGAUAUAGAACUGAUUGAGAGACUAAAUGUUAGUCUUGCAUUUUUUCUCAAUGACCUGUUUUCGGUGAUGGAUCGUGGCUUUGUCUUUUCACUUAUCAAAACCUAUUGGAAGCAGGUUUCUUCAAAGCUUUAUGCAUUGCAGACGCCAAGUAUGCUUGUAUCGCUGAGGUUAGACUUUCUGCGGAUUGCCUGCAGUCAUGAACAUUACGUCACUCUGAAUUUACCAUGCAGCCUCCUCACACCUCCAUCCUCUCCAUCCCCUUCCGUAUCUUCUGCAACUAGUCAGAGCUCUGGAUUUUCUACAAUUGUUCAAGACCAGAAGAUUGCAAAUAUGUUUGAGCUAUCAAUGCCAUUCCGCCAACAGCAUUAUCUAGCAGGACUUGUGCUCACUGAGUUAGCACUUAUUCUAGACCCAGAGGCGGAGGGCUUGUUUGGAUUACACAAGAAGGUGGUCAGUGUUGUUCAUAACUUGCUGUCGAGUCAUGAUUCAGAUCCUCGGUAUGCUGAUCCAGAAGUGAAAGCUCGUGUGGCAAUGUUAUACUUGCCACUGAUUGGCAUAAUUAUGGAGACUGUACCACAGCUGUAUGAUUUCACAGAAUCUCAAAAUCAACGCGGACGCCCUAAUGUUGUAACUGCGGAUGAUUAUGAGACCGAGAGUAGUAAUAUGAUCAAUCAAACUGUUGCCAUGGCAAUUGCAGGAGCAUCUGUCCCUCAGCUUUCUCGACCGAGCAGUUUCCUGCUGGCAUCAGGGAGUGGACGGCAGUAUACAACCUUCUCUGCAGAAUCAAGCCGCAGUUUGCUGAUUUGUCUUCUCUGGGUUUUGAAGAAUGCAGAUGGUGUGAUUUUGCAGAAGUGGUUUGCGGAUCUCUCUGUCCUUCAACUAAACCGCUUGUUGGACUUGAUGUAUCUUUGUGUGUCCUGUUACGAGUACAAGGGCAAGAAAGCGUUUGAGCGAAUGAACAGCCUCACAUUCAAAAAAUCAAAAGACAUGAAAGCAAAACUUGAAGAAGCAAUUCUGGGGAGCAUUGGAGCCCGGCAGGAAAUGGUUCGGCGCAGCAGAGGCCAACUAGAGCGAAGUCCAUCUGGGAGUGCAUUUGGAAGUCAAGAAAAUCUGCGGUGGAGGAAAGAUAUGACCCACUGGCGUCAGAACAGUGAAAAGCUUGAUAAAUCAAGAGCUGAGUUGGAACAUGAAGCACUGAUUGAUGGUAACCUUGCAACAGAAGCAAACCUUAUUAUUUUGGAUACAUUGGAAAUAAUUGUUCAGACUGUUUCGGUGACUGAGUCUAAAGAGAGUGUGCUUGGAGGGGUGCUGAAGGUUCUUCUUCACACAAUGGCCUGUAACCAGAGUGCACUUUACCUACAGCAUUGUUUUGCCACACAGAGAGCCUUGGUGUCCAAAUUUCCUGAGCUGCUUUUUGAAGAAGAAACGGAACAAUGUGCUGAUCUAUGCUUAAGGCUUUUGCGACACUGCAGCAGCAGCAUUGGCACGAUCCGAGCACAUGCCAGUGCCUCCCUCUACCUCCUCAUGAGGCAAAAUUUUGAGAUUGGCAAUAAUUUUGCAAGGGUGAAGAUGCAAGUAACCAUGUCCCUUUCUUCGCUGGUUGGAACAUCACAGAAUUUUAAUGAAGAGUUCCUCAGGCGUUCUUUAAAAACAAUACUGACAUAUGCUGAGGAAGACUUGGAAUUGCGAGAAACAACCUUCCCUGACCAGGUGCAGGAUCUAGUUUUCAAUCUGCACAUGAUCCUGUCAGACACCGUGAAAAUGAAAGAACACCAGGAAGAUCCAGAGAUGCUGAUUGAUCUCAUGUACAGGAUUGCUAAAGGAUACCAAACGUCACCAGAUCUACGUCUAACAUGGCUCCAAAACAUGGCUGGAAAGCACUCGGAGAAGAGCAAUCGCGCUGAAGCAGCACAGUGCCUGGUGCAUUCAGCAGCACUUGUAGCAGAGUACCUGAGUAUGCUGGAGGAUCGCAAGUACCUUCCUGUUGGGUGUGUGAGCUUUCAGAACAUCUCUUUUAAUGUUUUGGAGGAGUCUGCAGUUUCGGAUGAUGUACUUUCACCAGAUGAGGAAGGAAUCUGCUCUGGAAAAUAUUUUACAGAGGCUGGUCUUGUGGGAUUGAUGGAACAAGCUGCAGACCUGUUUUCAAUGGCUGGAAUGUACGAAGCAGUUAAUGAAGUUUACAAGGUUCUAAUUCCAAUCCAUGAGGCCAAUCGUGAUGCAAAAAAACUAGCGACUAUUCAUGGUCGACUCCAAGAUGCAUUCAGCAAAAUAGUUCAUCAGGAUGGAAAGAGGAUGUUUGGUACCUAUUUUCGUGUUGGCUUCUAUGGGUCCAGGUUUGGUGAUCUGGAUGAACAAGAAUUUGUUUACAAAGAGCCAGCCAUUACAAAACUGGCUGAAAUCUCACACCGGCUUGAGGCAUUUUAUGGUGAACGUUUUGGUGAGGAUGUUGUGGAAGUUAUCAAAGAUUCCAAUCCUGUGGACAAAUGCAAAUUGGAUCCAAAUAGGGCCUACAUUCAGAUAACUUACGUGGAACCGUAUUUUGACACCUAUGAAAUGAAGGACAGGAUUACUUAUUUUGACAAAAAUUAUAACCUCAGACGUUUCAUGUAUUGCACACCAUUCACACUAGAUGGCCGGGCUCAUGGUGAUCUUCAUGAACAGUUCAAACGCAAAACAAUUCUGACGGUGUCACAUGCAUUCCCUUACAUUAAGACUAGGAUUAAUGUAAUCCACAAAGAGGAGGUCAUUUUAACACCAAUCGAAGUGGCCAUUGAAGAUAUGCAGAAAAAAACUCAAGAGCUGGCUUUUGCAACACAUCAAGAUCCAGCUGAUCCUAAGAUGCUUCAGAUGGUGUUGCAGGGUUCAGUAGGAACAACGGUUAAUCAAGGACCUUUAGAAGUUGCUCAAGUAUUUUUGUCCGAAAUUCCCAAUGAUCCCAAGCUAUUCCGACACCACAACAAGUUACGCUUAUGCUUCAAAGACUUCACCAAAAAAUGUGAAGAUGCACUACGGAAGAACAAGAGUUUAAUAGGUCCUGACCAGAAGGAAUAUCAACGUGAGCUUGAACGGAACUAUCAUCGCCUCAAAGAAGCUCUUCAACCUUUGAUAAACAGGAAAAUACCCCAACUUUAUAAAGUAGUUCUGCCAAGCAGUUGCCACAGGGAUUCUUUCAGUCGACUAAGCCUUCGAAAAAUGGACAUCUGAAAGUGAACUUGACAUUUAUCUACAAUUGCAUGUGAAGGAAUACAAUAAAAGCCUUUCCAUUUCAUCAUCGGGCAACAAACAUGGUAAUCAAAAGUACAUAAAAGGAACAAAUUCAUACCUCAAAUUUUUAUACAAGUGUGGAUAUUUUAAAUACACUACAUUUCUUUAAAUAUGAAGGCAAGGAUAAAUGUCAGCCGUGAUGGUACUAGUGAUUAUUUUGAUACUGCUAUGGUUACAUUUGAUUGCACAAAGUCUCAGUAUUGUGCUGUUGUUUGUUUUGUCAUGAGCAUUUACAAUUGUUCAGAUUCACUAACAGUCAUGUAUUUAUGUAUCAUUAUAUAUUGUUAUCUCAUGCACUAUUUAUCAAAUUUGAACAAGAUCCCUUGUUAGGUUUUGUUGUGUAAUUGGCAAUUAUUUUCUAAAAAAAAAGGUACGAUUAAAUAAUGAAAUUACUAAAUAUCUAGUACAUUGAUUUGCUUUGCUCCAGCCUGUUCACUUUUUAUACAAGUGUUUUAUUACUGAGAGAGCUUCUACUUAAUGAAGAGGAAUUAAGCCCACAUAAUGUAUGCCUUGGUAAUAACCCAAGAUAGGAAUGUUUUAAAUAAACUCCUAUCAAACAUUAGUUCCGACACUUAACAGCUCUGGAUUAAUGCAAAAUUUUACUCCCUCAAAUUAACAAGUAUAUGAUUUAGUGCAGUACUGUACCUGAAGAUCUCUCCAGGUUCAGCUCAUGUUCAAAAGUUGAUUUCACAUGAGACUACAAUGAUAUUAAUGCCAAAGUAAAGUGAGAUAUAAUAGCAAUUUCCUACAAUUGAAUAAUCCAUGGUUUAUAUUAGAAUGUGAAUUCCUUUAGGAAAGAAAAGUGAGAAAUAUAUAUUAGCCAGGAUUAUUGCAUGACUGCAGGAAUUGUGAACAAUAGAUUUGGAUUGGUGUUAAUACCUGCUCACAUUCUAAUUAACACAAUUGG